UUGUACUCAACAUUUUCCUGUGUUCUGGCCCUUUUAAGUUUUUCUUACUUAUCGGACCCAACGAACUUCCGGUUUUAAUUUCCUCACUGCUGGUCUACACCCUACAGCCGCGUCAAUAUCGGCCAGAUUAAUCUUUUCAUUGAAGUGUCUACUUCGGGGCGGCAAGCUCGUGGUUGGGAACUGCAGACGACGUGACUCGACGUGGAGAGCCAACCCUUGGCAGCGGGACACGCGGCAUCAGCAACAUCCAGCAUCAGCAGCAUUUCGGACCCCAGCGGUUCGCAGUCGGCGUUCUCAUCAGGCAGUGGCAGCCAUGGAUCUCCUCUCCCUGCCGGACGACGCGUUGCUGGCCGUGCUGGCCUUCCUGCCCUCCAGGGAGCUCUUCAGCCUUCGCGUUUUGUGCCGCCGCCUGAGAGACAUUUGCCUGCACCCCGACCUGUGGCGACGCCGUGCUUUGAGGGACCUAGAGUACUUAGGCGGGAACGACUAUGAGCAAGAAGUGGGCCUUCUGCGCGCUGUCCUGAGACUGGUCCCCUGCAUUGGCAGACUUGCUGGUCGUGUAGAAGACUUUGCAUUUAUGGUGUCCAUGGUGCCUACCACUUCGUGUGUUAUAGCUGAGCUGGCGUUUACUAUUUACGAGAAUGAGGCCUUGGCCACAAAGAUUCUGCAUACAGUACACUCUCUUGGGGGCUUGAAAACGCUCGAUGUCUAUCUUGACCUUGACUUAUCGACCGCGUGUUCUGAAGUCUUAAAUACCAUCUGCAGUCUUCAGGGUUUACGAGAACUCAAGAUUUGCUUUGGAGACUCAGAAACGCUCCUGCUCGGCCCAUGUCUUGGUUUGGAAGUAGAGCCGUCGCUAACGAAGCUCUGGUAUUACCCGAGGGUGGCGCCGUACCGGAGGCGCGGGCUGUUUUCUUAUGUCGCUCCUGCAAACACAUGCUGCCACACUGGAAGAAGUGGACGUGGAAGACUUCAGUGAACAGGUCGUCUGGUCGUUGUUGAGAACGUUACCAAAGCUGCGUUCUUUAGCCUGCUCGCCGGGCCCUGUGGCCUUGGACUUCGUGCGACAGUCGUCGCAACUCCGCUCCCUGUGGUUUUAUGAAUUUUAUAAGCUGCCUUCUGCCGCACUGCAGGCUCUCACUGAAUCGCGCUCUGCCAGUCUUCUUGGAACUCUAGACCUGUAUAGGUGGAGACAUGACCCAGAUCUCAUGGCUUUGGCUGGUUGCCUGCCCCGGUUCCCUGUGCUGCGUGAGCUGUCAGUUGAUGCUGAUCCCACGGAUGACUUUCUGCGGGCGCUGACACCCACGUCCGCGCCCCGCCUCACCAGGCUGUCUCUUCAUUGUGAAAAGAAGUGCUUACACGCUUGGUUGCACGACAUCCGCAUCCAGGACCUGCUUCAAAGAAACCCUCGGCUUCACUUGCAGUUAUCGAAGUGCGAUUGUAAUGAAGAGUACGCCUACGAAGGAGUCAUCAAAUGUGACUGUAGUUUCUGCGAGAAGGAGGAGAGCCGUGGCCGUUGUUCAUGGUUCUCAUUGCACCGUAGGACGGCUGACUGCCCUCCGGGCUGCUUGCAGGUGGUUCCACUUCCGUGCUCGUCCGCUCCUCCUGCUGAUUCCUCCAACCAGGGAUAAGCCUCAGCAACCACCACGUUCCGCCGAUCCAGGUUCGACAGAAUUAUGAAAAAUUUACUGGGUGUUUUCCAAAAUGCAUUUGGUUCCAAUCGAGUCGUUCAGUGCGGCUCCACCAGGCAGCGUGAUAUUCUCUAGCGCUCUCGAGAUCAAGUACAACUUUUCAAUGCUUUAACAAAAGUUCAAAAUAUUCCAUUUUAUUUUUACGCUUUGUAGUUUCUGCUGUAUAUGCUAGGUCUGAACCAUAGAGGUGGUUCUAGUUCAAUUGUGUUCAAAUGAUGUUCAACCUAACCUGACCUAUCUAGAUGUAAGGCCUGUAAAUGCAUAUAUGAACUAUUUUGUAAAAUUGUACAGCAAAGCAUAGGCAAAAAAAAACUGAGUAUAAUCUAGUGUGUUGGGGUGGUAUCAUCGCCCUAAUUUUAGCGAUGAAGGAUACCUCUGUUAAUCUUUAAACCGAAUGUUAAGAAUCAGCAACAGUGGAGUGAAUAAAGAAAUAAAGAUUUGAGAAUUGAAUGUGCUUCUUAAUGCGGCAAUAAAGCGUACCUCAAACAAUAUUUGGACAAGCCACGCAUUUCCUACUGCCCCAAAAUACAAGUCAUGAUUUUGACUGGUCUCAUUCUCAAUGUAUGCAGCACUCCUGUGAACCGCGCGAUGCGCAGACACCGAUCAAAUUAUUGCAAACCCCAGUUGCGCCGGAGAACCCUUUUGCAGCACAGAAUGGACUAUUCCUGGAAAACGGUUAAUCUUGGACGCAAGGGA